CCGGCUUCGCCGCCCAGCCUCAAACCCACGGCAACUCUUGGUCUCUCGCCCUUCACCGACGUCUAAUUGUUGUUCUCAGGAGUCAGGACAUUCCGGUGGCCGGUUCAAUGGCGGGCGACCUCGGCAGCUCGGCUGCAACAGCCACGGCGCGCCCCACGCGACCGGCCAUGGCCGGUCGCUCCAGCAGCAUGGCCCACGUUCACCACCACGCCAACGGAGUACCCGGAGCCAAGGCCAAAGACGGCGGUGGAGCGCUCGGUCGCCCUCCCACUCGCAGCUACAGCCACGGUCAGCGGCACAACCAGCAGCCUUCCCGCCGCUCGCAUCAUCGGCGCAGCCACAGCCACAGCGAAGGCGAGCCGACCAAGCACAGGCAGCCCGGGUGCAAGCAGCUGACCGGUGAAACGAUGGGUGGAUUAGCCACCGCAAGCUGCCUCCUCCCGUGCGCGGUGGUGGACUUCGCCUUCCUCGCCGCGGUACGCGCGCCGGUGGCGCUGUGCCGCCGCGCUGUACGAGGGAGCCGGCUCAGACGCUCGGCCUCGGUGGGAGAGGCGGAGAUGGCGAAGCUCCGCGAGGAGGCGGACAGCGUACUCAAGUUCGGCAGGACGGCGUCGGCGUGGCCGGCAACGGCCCCAGCGGAUGAGGAAAAGGAGCUGGAGAAACAGGUGUGGGCAAGUUUCCAUGACGCCGGCUUCGGGAGGACCUCGCCGCAUCUCGACAACGAUAUCAGUUGAUCGGAAGAGACGCGGCGGCCCAGGUCGUGCGUGUAAUGAAAGUUGUUUUUCUAACGUUACUCAGUAUGUACCGAUAAUGGAUCCACCACUCAUUGUAACGUCAAGAUUCAUUUCAACUUUAUAGGUAUACUUUGAAAAAGAGU